AUGGCAAAUUUGCAAUCUAACAAGAUACUUGUUCUUGAAGUUGACGCGGACGCUGACCGAUUAAUCUUCUUGAGAUUGGAUACCACGGGCUGGAAAGCAUAUCAGACAUCAGACGUAAAGCAUCUGUUGCUAAGUGAACUUGUUUCCCUAGUUUAUCACGUGAACAAGUACGAUUUCCUAUACUGCCUUGCCCAGUACAUAAUUAACAAGAGAGGAUUCUAUCCAUACUGCGUAGCAAAGUCCCUACAACAACCUGCUGCCCCCUCUGGAGGGUUUUCUCCUGGUCUCCUGGUGCCUGACGUCUUAUUGAACCCUCUCCUCCCUGUCAAACCUCUCAUCCCCUCCCACAGACACAUAGCUACUAUUGUUUGUGCUCUUCUUUUCAAGGGUCGAAGUGCUCUCAGAGGCUCUAGCAAUAUCGCCCAUACCAUGCUGUUUAGGUAUCUACAAUCUUUCGGUCCUAAUUUCAAUCUAGCUAGAAGCGAUUACAAGUAUAGCCCCGAGAACGUUGAAAAUGAGGUUCAGAUGAUUCAAAGCUUCAUGAUUAGGGGGGCAUCUGAAAGAUAG